GAUAAUUUAAUGUAAAAUAUGAAUCCUUGCAGCAAUGAGUGCAGUGCUGAUCUGCUCUCACUGAGCAGGUAAACUCUUGUGACCCUUGACCCGAGCAGAGGGAGGAGGGGAGGAGUGGGACACGACGUGCAGGAGGUCGUGACGGAGUAAGGCUGGGGGGUCUGCAGGUCCCAGGGGUGCUGCUUCCGGCCGGCGGGGGGCGUCAGAGACCUUACCCCUAAUGAAGCCGUCAUUACCGGCGUGGAAACGACGCCAGCCCCCCCAGGGGACACGCAGGGGGGUCCGUGGGUGUCCAUAAAAACACGCAGAGACGAACCGGGAGCUUCAGAUGAUUUCGGACUUUCUGCGGAUCCUCCACGAGACAGAAAUGCUGCGCGAGACCAGAGAUCCAGAUUCCUGCGUCCCGGUGAAGCAGACAGGAAGUCCGUAUGAGAUGAGCCCCAGUGAUGGGUCGCGACCCCUGGGCGUCCAUCGGGUCUUCACCAACAGUCGGGAGCGCCGGCGCCAGCAGAACGUCAACGGGGCGUUCGCCGAGCUGCGGCGCCUCAUCCCCACUCAUCCCCCCGACAGGAAGCUGAGCAAGAACGACAUCCUGCGCCACGCGCUGCGCUACAUCCACUUCCUGGACCGGCUGCUGGUGGACCAGGAGGACGGCGGCCUGCAGGGGGCGCCUUCGCCCCGCUGGGCCCAGAGCUCAGAGGACGGAGACUCUGACGGCGUGUUGGAGCAGCAGCGCUACCUGCACCGCUACCAGGUGCAGCUGAGCAGCCAAUCAGAACCCACCGACGGCCAGACCCUUCCCAGACUGGAAGCUGAACUGGAAACCAGUUCUGGUGUUUGGCUUUUAUAUUAAAGACUUCUGUCUCGGUGC